AUGUUUAGACCCAACCAGAUCCUAUUUCGAAGCGGGACAGCGCUACCUUUUCUCCAACCUCGUAAACCCAAAAAUGUCCAUGGUGGAGACAUUCGUGAUCACAACCAUUUCGGCAACUAUGCUCGUCUGGCACCAACCUCAUUAAAGCUCGGUGUGGUCCCGCCAGAUGUAGAUAGCUUGAUUCCAGCGCAUAUCCGACGACCGGGCUAUGCACUUCGAGGGGAGCCCUCCGAGUGGGCUUCGACUAUUCCAGUGAACGGUCCCGAAGCCAUUGAGCGGUGCAGGAAGGCGGGACAGUUGGCCAAAAGGAUCCUUGAGCUCGGAGGAUCUCUUGUGAAGCCAGGCAUUAGUACGAACGAGAUCGACCGCAUGCUGCAUGAAGCCAUUAUUGCCAGCAAUGCAUAUCCUUCGCCGUUGAACUACAUGGGCUUUCCAAAAUCAAUCUGCACGUCUAUAUCUAAUGUCAUUGCGCAUGGUAUUCCUGACAAUCGAUGCCUCGAGAAUGGAGAUAUUAUUAACAUCGAUAUCACAGUAUAUCAAGAUGGGUAUCAUGGAGACACAUCAGCUACGUUUCUCGUUGGCGAUGUAGAUCAGCCUGGCCGGGAAUUGGUAGAGAGAACAAAGGAAUCGUUGGAUGCGGCCAUUGCAGUUUGCGGCCCAGGUGUACCCUUCAAUAGGAUUGGAAAGACGAUUCAAGCGAUUGCCGAUCGAUACGGAUACACGGUCUCGGAACAGUUUUCAGGACAUGGGAUCGGCAAAGAGUUCCACUGCCUGCCAUUGAUCUACCACCAUGAUAAUGACGAAGAUGGCGAGAUGGAAAAAGGCAUGAUUUUUACAAUCGAGCCCAUGUUCUGCCAGGGCACUGCUCUAGGAGUCCAAUGGCCCGACAAAUGGACGGUGGUGACGGCAGAUGGUGGGCGAAGUGCCCAGUUUGAACACAUGAUCUUGAUCACUGAGGAUGGUGCUGAGAGAUUGACAGGAUGAUAUAUGGGGUUCGAAGGUCGGACUACGGAAAAGCACGCGUAUGAACUCCAAUAAACAAAGAUAAUUGAAACGAGAUCAUGUUGUCUGUUUACAAAAAAACGAUGGUAAAGUCAUAUCAAUCGCGCGAAAGCCUACAGGGAUCUGGUGCGGGCAGCGCAGGAUGUUUCGGACCCUGAACGACAUAGCAGACUGACGCCUUCAUGCCAUUUUACUUAAAAGACUCGGAUUUUUGAAUCGGAUGGUGCGCUUGGCUUCGUCGAAUGAGCAGAUCACGAAUCUCGACUUGGUUGGCCCAGCUUUCGAGGGAUGGCGGGGCUGUACUUCGUUUUGCGACUUGACCAGCCCCAGGGCAAAAAAAUAUUGGUGGCAAAACCGAAUUUGUAAAUGGCAUCGUUUUUCGGAGGUUCUCGUGGUUUUUGGCCGUGCUGGUCCAUGGAGACAGCCCGAAGGGCCAUUCACUAGGUCGGU